ACAGAAGAAUCAAUCUCACCUCAGUUCCCUGUGAAGAACAGGUUUCUCUCACGUCACAAACGGAAGCAAUAGCAGUGUUAUUUAGAUAGAGAAAUUGGGAAAGGCUAGCAUCUCUGACAAGGGAAACAAUGGCUUCUUCUCGCUUCUUGUCACUGUUUCUGGUCACAGCACUCGUCUCUCUCUCCUUCUGUGAAGGACAUGGAAGAAAGCUUAUCAUGAGAGGUCUCCUCUCUGAGACUGAGAAUGGGCUGUGGACCGGAAGGGACAUGGAGGAGACGGUGAUGGACUACAAGGAACCUGGAGCUAACACCAACCCAAGGAGUGGUGUCUUCUUCAGCACCCCACCCUCACCUCCCAGACCUUGACUUUUCUAUAACUCGCAUAGUAUUACUACACCUCAGAAGAGGAACCUAAGAUGUGCAUGUGUAUUAAUGCAAAUAAAGGAGUUCUCCAGGAGAAGUCGUCUACCGCAUAUGAAGCUUUAUAUUCUGAUGUUGUUGCGAUUGUCAGAAACUAUUGAUUUCCUGUGAAAUUUUAACUGGUUUUUGCUCUGAA